AUACGGCAUGUCUAGAAUAUGAGAGAGUAAUGUUAGUUUGUGAUGAUAAGAUAUUACGACCUCAUGGUCUAAGCCUACAACUGGUAUAAAGGAUAAGGUUUUAAAAAACUUGUCUGCGGAAACAUCAAGAAAAUGUCAUCUUAUGCUGGGAGAAGACUUCUCUUCUUCUAAUUCCUGCGGAUUGAAAACGCCAAGAUGAGCGUCUUCGCAGCUGAGGACCUGACACGCUCCCAGCGUUUCGCGGAGAUGUCGCGAGAGCGCGAAGAAAUAGCCAGGUUGGAGCGGAGGAGGAUGGAUAUGUUGCGAGCUGAAGAGGCGCAGCCAGACGACAUGUAUGACGAUGAGGACGAGCAUGAGGGCGCCGUUGAUGCAGUGCCUUCGUCCGGUGGAGCUGUUGCUACUGCGGGAAGAAGGUACUCUACUACCUUCUAGAAGAUUCCCUAGUUCUCUCUUGAUGACGUGCACGCGCAGGUCUUGUUGUUCCUUUUUGAGCUAUAAGAAGUUGGUGGGUUACCGUUACAAGGAAGCAGAGCGAAGAUGAAUCUUUUUCUAGGUAUUUUCAAAUCGAAAAACCGAACCUGUCUACAAUAUCAGUGCUUCCAAAACGAGUGAGGUGUCGUCAGACGAUACGGAGAAGGUGUGCGAAAUGGAGUCUGAAAGUGUACAGGAGCUGUUAGCUUUGUCAGUGAACGAUCUAUCGGCGAACAUGAAGAAGAAGAGCGGAGCACAUCCGGAACUAGCGAGGAAGGAGCAGCUUGGCGCCAGUCCUAGCUCUCCUUCAAGUAGAGGAUCACCAUCGAGGCUUUUAUCGAAACCGAUGCUCUACUACCCUUCGGAACGAUUCUUGCGGAGCAUGGAUGAUAACGGGCAUGUUCUUGCUGCUGCUAUGGACGUCGCUAAAGAUGAGGGAGCAACAUCGCGGGAAGAUCUUUCGAUGUCCGGCUCGGAUGUAGUUCAAAGACGUGAUAGUGCUGUUUUUCGUACCGCCAGAGAAAGCGUGGAAGACGUCCUAGAGUUACGGCUUGAGGAAAUCCAUCUUCACAGGCACUUUGUCCCCGUUUUGAAGGGAAAAUGGGCACGACGAAGAUGCUCACCAAGAUGGAUUUCUGCAAGGUCUAAUAGAGGACCAAAAUAGCGACGCUAGGGAAAAUUUACCACCGUCAGACGAUCACGACUGGCGGUUGCAGACUGUACGUGCAUCAGGCACGGAAGCACGGAGACUAGAGGAAGCUGAAAGCUUGCUCAUGAAUUCUUCAGAGAUCGAAUUUGAGAGAGGACAGAUGAAUACGAGUGACUUCUUUCUUGGAGGAGCUGCUCGAGGAGGAGCAAUGCAUCUUAGGAGUGCUGAUCGAGUUGUAGGAGACUUUGAAGAUACUGGGGGGUAUCGGAGUUUGUACUCUUCUGCUGGUAGAGGAGACUUUUCAACGCAACUUCUUUCUGGAGGAGGAGCACGUAGUAGUUUUAUUAUGGAGGAUGCGGCUCAGCAUCGUAGCAGCAUCAGUGUUUCGCGUCUACUCAGUAGAAACCGAAUGGACCCUGCUCACAAGUCUCCACAACAGAGAGAUAGCAAUAGCAUCAACCACAGCCACGCUGUCGUUCCGCUCUCGCCGGGUGACGAAGUCUCUUCCUCUACCUAUCCACGUAGCUGUGCGGAUGAUGAAGUGUUUUCUACACCACAGCUGUCUCCACCGCCAGCUUCUACCUCAAGGCACGGCACCUCUUCUGAGCUGCGAGAUUUAGAGCGGCCGCCACCGGAGCGCAUACCUCAUGCACCGAUUCUGUCGCUUUCUUCAUCUUCCUGUUCAGAAUCCGUAGAUGAAGACUCAGCAGAGGCCGCCCCUGCGCUACCGCACAGGAGAGUGCCAGAGGACGCUAGCAGGAACAAAGACCAGGAGAUGAACUCAUCUCCAGGAACAUCAAAAGGACCUCCACAACUUGGUCCAUCACCCACACGAGGACAGCAUUUGAUGAAGGCAGCAACUAUCGGUGGACCCGGUGCAGCUUCGUUCAUCGAUCGGCGCAGACAGACUGAUCCUGCUGUGUCAACGUCCUCCAGCUCUGCAGCAGUGCUGCCGAAAUGGACGUCGAUAGAGGAGGCGCGACGUAGUAGACAGCAGGAAAAGCUGAGACAGGCAGCUGGGGUUCUCGGAGCAGCAGGAGGAGCAAGUGGUGGAGUGAACAACUUGACCUUGUUCAAUAAUCACGCCACUGAUCAUGGCGUAGAUCUAGUGCGGCAAUCAGUGGAGCGGACCACGGAACCAAGUGGGAGUAUGACUAUAUCAUGUUCCGAACAGGCGCAUCCACAGUUAUCUUCAGGUGCUUCUGCAGUUGGAGGCCAAGUAGCACAAGGACCAGUCGUGACGUCUCCCUCUCCAUCUGCACAACAUCGAUCUCCAUUAUUCAGUACCAGAAUCGCGGCAGAUGUCAAUCUAUCGGAGGUGAAAAACUCCGUAGUGCGAAGUCUAUCUUCGCCGUCACCUGUUAAGACACUAAAUGAAGAUGUGGUGGCUGAGGAUGUCCUUAAUCGCCAGCCAGGUACGAUAGAAUCACCUCCGGGGAGCAGUGUUGAAGAUGCUCAUGUAGUUGGUGAGCAACAACCAGAGUCUAGCGCACCAGAAGCGCGAGAAGAAUCUCCCAUACAGCCUGAUCUCAACCUACAAGAGCCAAUAAACCUCACAGAAGCAGCACAACUGCCUCCCACAAUUGCUACUUCUUUUUCGAAGCAAAGUGCUGAUUCGGAUACGCCUACGGUCUUGGACAAUUGUCAACUAGUCGCUUCUAUGGCAGGAUUAAAUUGCUCUCUGAGUUAUUCAGCUGACGAUUCGAUGAAAUUUGGCAGUUGCCGGAACGAGCUGGUAAUGAAAGAAAUGAAAAGUGCGGCUGAAGAAGUUGCGGAGGUCGAGACUACAAAUGUAGAUGUAGUUCCGGAAGCAGUAACAACUAGUUCAGAUGCACCUACAGGCGCAGGACAAGACGAACGGAAACAAGCUGCGCAGAAGCAACAAGCAGAUGCACAACAGGACCUCCAUCAAGUGUCUCCGCAGUACGUGAGCCGCACAGCGUUUACUGCUACGUAUCAGAGCAACGUUGUGCAGGAUGGAAACAAGAGCAUCAAUUGGAGUGGAAACGUCAGUAGUUGUUCUGGUGCGAGGACUUCCUCCUCAUCGACUCUCGACUCAAGCUUUAAAAAAAGUAGUGGCUCAUCUGCAGGGCAACAACGGGACAUCAAAGUCGCAACUACGUCCAGCGGCCUGUCGCAGGACAAAAAGACGACAGCAAUGUCACAGUCGAGUUUUUUCCUGGGCAACAAACAGACCUCCACCACCUCGAGACAAGUUGUAAGGGGCUCGCUUCCAGACGUAGCAGAAGAGAGAUCACGGGAGGUCAGGGAUGAACGAAUGCCACAGCUGUCGUCUAGAGGGGCUCCUCCUCCAGUACAGCUUCAGCAGCGUCAGAGAUUACUGGUCAAUUAUGGCCGUAAGAACAGAUGACUUUUAUGCAAGUGCACAGGCACAGCCUUGCUGCUAAAGCAAGUUUUUCAAGAGUCUGCUGCUUAGUCAUUUCUAUGAGUCAUAAAAGUAAAGAAGGUUGAACAGGAAUAGCACAGCACAGUGUAGUAUCUAGAUCGUAGAUGGUGCUCUUGCUCGUUCUCUAAUCAUAACCAUCCGGUACCAGUACAACAAGUACAACUGCUGUCACAAAACCCGUUCUCGGGAAACCAGUCCUCGGUAAAAAAGCUGAGGAUUCAAAGACCCAUGAGGAUUUAGCUGAUCGUUUUGGGCUCGAUUUAGACGAGAGUGAUGUUUCACACGGCUCGAACAUCCUCAAUGGCAGCAUUGGUGGCCCCAAACUGAAUACUAACAAGUCGAGAUCUACAAGAACGACCACGACAAGUACAACGAACACUACACGUCAAGGUCAACUACAAGGUUCUUCAUCCUCGUCCUCCUCAACGCCCUCUGCUAAAAGCAACUCCAACUCAACGGCGAUGGGGACCAGUCACGCGAAAAAUGUGCCUAUAAUCUUUCCACCUAGAAGAACAACAGCUGCAGAGGAAAGUGAGCACAUACCACAGCUGCGUAUAGGCACAGAGCUACUACGGACCGAAUAUGAAGAUGACUUCUCUACUACUCAGCAAGGUGGUGACGAGGAAGAUUUUGGAGAAUGUGUAUCUUCUGUGCCGAAUGAGGAUAUAGACGAGAAUUAUCAUGAGCAAGAUGGUUUCAACAAUAUCCAAAACGUCGUGGAGGUAAAAGUUGACGUCCUCGAUGAAGACGGCAGCAUAAGCGAACGGGAACUGCUACCUCAAGAUGACCAACAGAGCACCUCUCAAGACGGAUUGUUUCAUCCCCAACCAGCAUUGUCCUUUGUUUCGUCGCACAGUAGCUCGACUGCAGGAGGACGAUUGCGGUAUCUGAAGAGCGCAGUUGCUUCGAUGGAGAGUCCCCUAGAUGAUCGUCGAGGUAACCUGUCUGGGGAUUUAGACAAGCCAGAUAAGAUUCUUGGUGAAGCACAAGCUGGCGAGAAAACUUCGGCUCCUCCUGCUGUUAUUCGAAGCAGUCUUCCUACACCUAGCAAUGCCGUCGCUGGAGAUGCGCCAGCUUUAUUUGAGGAGCACACGUUGCCUAGAGCAGGAGAUAGCUCAACAUCUUCUAGUGCGCGACUAGGUCUACGAGCUAGUGCUGGCGCUUUCUCAUCAGGAGGUCGCAGUCCGACAGUGAUAGAAAGCACCAACAGCACCGUGAUCGAGGAGCCGCACCAACUGCAAUUGCGUGAGUCAAUUUUGGCUCCACCUGGGACUGAACAAAUUGCACGAGGAGGAGGGCCAUCUUCGUCGUCUCAAUCUCAGGUAGGACAAGACAAAUACGCUAGGACUAGCAGUAGUACGAGUACACCGACAACAGAGACAGCCGUGGGACGUUUGCCCGAUAAGAAUACCCAACUGCUAGGAACAUCUACAGCUGCCUCUUCUUCCUCCAACAAACCGGUUCCGCGUGUGAUCACUGUGAAACGCAUUGUGAAGAACAAAAACGGAGAAGUCCUAGAGGAAUCAACGUCCUCGGGUCCAGGACCAUCGUCGACUUAUCCCUAUCCCCAGCAUCUGUCUGGUGGAAGUGGUGGCGCGAGUAGUAGUACGUGCAGCACUCCUAUGAUGCGAGGGAGUAUUUCCUCAUCUCUGAUCGGGUUUGGGACGUCGAACCAUAGCGGUAGUGGAACUCCGUCAGUAGGAUUGCUAGGGGGAUUUCAGCAGCGGUCCAUGACACCCUUUUCACGUCAACAGGUCCGCUCUUUCGGUUCUGCAGGAGCUGCCGGUUCUGGCUCUGCAGGAGGAGGACAUCACGAGGAAAUAAUGGGAGAUCCCAAGAACGGCAUGAUGAAAAAGUUAGGCCACAGCGGAUCCGUUUCACGCUUACUGCCUGAUUGUACAGUCCUUCCUGGGUCAGCAGCGGCUUCAGUGCGGAGUACACCGUUGUUGGACGCUCGAGGCUUGCUCACGCCGGGCGCUAAUGCGUUUCAUUAUGGUCACUCAACAUGAACAGACAUAAUGAUGAUGAUGUACGAUGCAAUGGUGGUGGCGUGCAGGUAAUGAGUUUUAUUUACAAAAUCCCUAUCCUUUGAGUACUCCGACUGGAUUCCGCACCACUUGCAUUUGUAAUAACCGUUGUAAGUUAGUACAUUCUUCACUCCAUGAUUGAUUCAUCGAGUACGCAAUUCUAAUGCCGGGUUCAACCCACCGACAGUCGCAUGCAGGAUCUUUUUAGGUCAUCCGUGGAGAAGUUAGCUCAGCAUACAGUUUUUCGAAGUGCCUCUGCCUCCUCAGGUAGCGGGAGCUCGUCAUGCGCUGAGCAGGUAGCAGUUGCAACUUCCUCUGGUAGCGAAAACGUUCAAACUACAAAGACAGGUGUGUCAUCUAGUUCUUCAAUUAGUACCUCUAAACAAGUAGCAGAACAAGAAAGGCAUGCAGAUCCGAGUCCGGCAGGAACUACAACAGGUGCUUCGACAACUACGAUAGAGCCGAAUACUCUUACUGAACAAGCUUCAGAAGUUGUAGAUAGACAUAGAUAUAUCUACAACAAGAACAACACUCCUGCAGAACCAGAUGUGCAGCAAGAUAACCAGGAACAUGGUCUUCAAGUGGUCGUAAGCUCCACACCAGAAGCAACGACUAGUUCUGCCACAACUGCACCAAAUCAGUUUAUCUACUACAACGACAGGUAUGAUGCUAAAACGUACCACGCGAACUACCCCGUCAGCCUAGGAGGCACAUCAGCGAGUGACGGAGGUCCGUCUUCCUCUACAUCUUCUGGAGGGACAAUGCAUAUAGUGAACAAGAGUGCAGCUACGGGACAUCCUCGGCAGGUAGCACACGAACAAGAUGACUUCUAUCCAAGUAGUGAUAAUCUUCACGAAUCCUUGUCCUCUGAUACUCAGCAAGUAGUUGUACGAGCAGGACGACCACUAGCACCUCCACCGACAACAUCGGCAAGUACUACUGCACCUUCCUCGACCACAGUUGUUCGAACUGAGGGUGGUGUCACCAAUACCACACCAAGUGCGAACAGUCAAAAGCCAGAGUCCGAUGCUGCGAUUUAUCGUCGCCUGCUUGGUCAGAGGAAGAAUUCUGAAGUUGGAGGAUCUACAACGCCAGUCGAAGAAUCUCCAACGACGUCAAAAAAACUGUCUGUGAAAAGCAGCACCACAGAUUUUGUUGCGCCGCUUCACGAUGCUGACCACGUCGAUCAACCAGGUGGCCCUACUAACUCUAGUUCAUCUAGUACUACGACUACAGCAACUUCAACUUCGACUGUUGUAAAUCCCAAUGCGGCAACAUCAGCAACAUCAGCAUCAGCUUCUUCUAGUAGUACGAGCACUACUUCUACAAGUUGUAGGCCACCACGAGAGAACUUUUGGGAAACAGGCAAAGGCAAGAUUCGGACGAACUAUGAGAAUUCAGGCGAAGAGGACUUGGGCGAAACGAAUUACGUAGUUCUUACGAAAGACCAAGAAGAACAGGUGAACAAUCCUCAUCUAGCACGAGGAGGUGGGCAACUACAGGUACAACAGGAUCAACUACCGCCAGAUCAAAGUUCAUCUGGUAAUCAGCUCUAUGCAGCUGGUACGACUCCGCCUUUAGUACAACCUCCAGGGCCCCCGAGCAAUGUUGUAAACGGAGAUCAACAUUUAUUUGUUGAUCAACUCGGACUCGCGGCAGAUGAAAAUACAACUGUCGUUCUUGAAGAGCAACAUAGUCACGACAUUGAAAACAGUGCGGAGGAGGUAGUGCUGCAGCUUGACGGGGGCGAGGAGCCGUCACCUCGGAGAGCUAGGAAGAUGGAGAUGAUGGCGAAGAAAAUGGAGGCUCUGCGGAAACGGAAGGAGAAGGAAGUUCAAGAAAGAAAGGAGAGGUGGGAACGAGAUCGGAAAGAGCGAGAAAAACAACGUGGGAGCGCGGAAAGGAAUGCGGCUGCUAGUGGCGGUGCGUCUUCUAAUUUUUCCACAGGAGGUAAUAAACAUGCUGCAACUUCUCCGACUGCUGCAAAUCUAGGCUCAACGACUUCCCCCGUGAACUUUCAACCCAGAACACGCGCGACUCACGAACGUCAAACGCGUGAGAAAGUCGCCAGGUCGACGGCUGCAGAUCAGCAUGAUGCCGAUAAAUAUCGUGGGUCCUCAGAAGUAGGAGGUGGAGUUCAUCAGCCGGGUCUGUCAUCAUCCGGCAGUAGUAGGAUUCUCAAGCCCUCAAACAUUCCUGUCCCCUCUGCAGCUCGUCGAAGUCCAGCUGCAGGAACACGCCAAACCACCGUUAGUAGGCUUCUGCCGAAGCCGGUGGAAAAGAAUUUGUCCUCUUCGUCUUCGAGUUCGAACUUAUCGUCACAUAACAUCUGCUCAACCUCCCAACAGCUUGGAGCCGGCGCGCCACCUACGCUACUUCCAAAAGGCUGUAAGGAGAAGAGCAACCGGAAAUUGAUCCGAAACGCAAUCCUUCUGCUUCUUCAGGGUGAGGCAAGUCGGAGUCUAAGGGAAACUAUACUGCAGCAAAUCGAUUCGGUCCUGCAGGAUGAACGCUUCGUCAUUCUGUUUCGAGGUAGAAUCAUCACACUCGGUAUCUUCUAGAACUAUUCAAAUUUAGACGUUGACCACGUACUUACGUGUACUUCUUCCCAAGACGCCAAAAUUAUAUAUAGCUAUAGUUUAAGAACAUUCCUUUUCCUACUACCUCUUUAAAACCAGGUAUGCACAAAGGGCGACGUGAUUUUCGAGCUUUGUAUGCUUUGCGUGGCGGAAAGUGGAUGCGCGUGGCCCACUUAUUCCUGUGUCCGCAAGUGAUGAAUUCUGCGAUGGUGGAGCAUUUUUAUCGCUUUGACUCCGGUACACGCACGUUCAAGGAGAUAGAAGGGGCGUCUGAGAUCAGUGGGGCGGUGGAUGCGGUGUUUCUGAAGCCUGAAUUUUUGCCAAAAGCAAAGAAGAUUUGAAGUAGAUGAGGUUGGGGGCUUCUUUGCUGUGAAGAUGAGGUGGGUUUUUUUUUGAGGGGGUAACCUGGUUAGGGAUUUUUCGACCUCUCGAAGGAGGACAUUCUCUAGAUGGAGCCUCGUUUUAAUUUACAGUUCUUGUAGUCUUGACGUGCUGUUUCUUGUGGUGUUGAAAAAAUUGAUUUUGUGAUGCUAGGCGCACGGAAUAUCGUCAAGAUUUUGUGCACUUAAAUUUAAAAAAUUAGUCCCAACAACUUCGUUCUUAUUCUCAGUAUUAGUACGUACUGGUUCACCUUCGGAAUACAAUACCAAAAUGACCACAACAUCGUUCUAGAUCAUUAGCGAAAACCAUGGACGAACUUCCAAGAUAUUUCACUCAUUCUUCUCGAAACCAACAUUUCACAUUUCUAUGUCUGAAGACCCCAACGAAACGAAGACGACGAAAUAACAAAACAAGAACGUCAUUUCAUCAACAGAUGAUAUUCCCAGUACAGCAAAUUUUUGUGGCACUACGAGAAGGGUGGCCACAAACAUCCAGAAC